UUUCAGGCACUCCUGACCUUCAGGGAUGUGGCCAUAGAAUUCUCUCAGGAGGAAUGGGGAUGCUUGAACCACAGUCAGCGGGAGCUGCACAGGGAUGUGAUGUUAGAGACCUAUGGACACCUCCUCUUCUUGGGUCUCAUUGUGUCAAAGCCAGACCUGGUCAUCGUUUUGGAGCAAGAGGAGGAGCUGUGGGGUGUGAAGAGAAAGGAGACAGUAGCCUCACACUCAGGUAGGUGGGAGUGAAGCACAUGACACAGGUGAGGUCCAAAUGUGAAGGAGAAAGAUAGACCUUAAAAUGUUGUUUAGGUAGCUCUCCUUGAAUGGAAUUUCAUUUGUGAAGCCUAGUUUGAUGUCUUUCCCUCUCACAGAGGGACAUCUGCUCUCUAACACAUCAUGCUCCUUGAUUCUCCAAGGAUUCUC